AUGCGUUUCCUCCCAGCCCUCAUGGUCGCCGCCGCUGCGGGUGCCAGUGCCUAUGACAUCCCGGACAACCUCAGGAAGCUCUACGACCAGCACAAGCCCGGAAAGUGCGCCAACAAGCUCGCCGGCGGCUUCACUGACGGCGGCAGUGCUAACGGCAACUCGUUCGCGUACUGCGGUGACAUCCCCGGCGCCAUCUUCCUGCACUCGCAGCGCAAUGGCGGCCAAUACGAUAACAUGGACAUCGACUGCGAUGGCAGCGAGCCCUGCCCCAACGAUCCCUCCGGCCAAGACAUCACUGCCUUCCAGGACAGGGUUACUAGGUACGGCAUUAACGAUCUGAACGCCAACAUCCACCCGUACGUGGUCUUUGGCAACGACGAGGGCGAAACUUUCUACCCUGAUCAGCAUGGUAUGAAGCCUCUGAGUGUUAUGGCUGUCGUCUGCAACAACCAGGUGUUCUACGGUAUCUGGGGUGACACCAAUGGCGGCAAGUCCACCGGCGAAGCGUCCAUUGCUCUGGCCAAGCUUUGCUACCCCGACCAGUACAUCGAUGGAAACACCGCUCCCGAUGUCGAGGACGUCAUGUACAUCGGCUUCACCACCGACGAGGCUUAUCCCAGCUGGAGCGCCAACUGGAAGGCCUCCACUCCCCAGGAGUUCGAGGAUAGCAUCAAGGCUCUUGGUGACAAGCUCGUUGCUGGACUCCAGGCUUAA